AUGGACGAUACCGAACAGUUAUUGCUAGAUGACGGGAUUAAUCAAGCAGACAAGGACGCCGAUGCCGCUGAUGUCGCCGAUAUACCCGGGCCUUCACAGGGAUCUCAAGAAAGCCCACAGCUUUCUCAAGAAGUAGCUGCAACAUCAUCGCGACCUAGGAUACUGCGCGUGAAGCAUUGUCGCUAUUCUCCGAUAAGAGAAUGCAACUUUAUAAAGAAGAGAUCAAGUCGCUAG